GUUGUCCAGAAUUGAUUAAAUAAAAAAAAAAAACAAUUAAAAACAGUAUACAUUAUUCUCGGAGCGCCUGCUGGCCAAAACGGUUUUAUUCUCGCUCAGAUUUUAUAAUUUAUUAAUUUUCAAUAAAACGUACACCGCGUGAAAUAAAUCGCACUUGUUGUACCAUGCCGGCGUUUCGCUUAUCUUUUCGGGCACUACUUUUGCUGAGCGUUUUGGUUUUAGCAUAUGCUAUUCCUAAGCCUGAUGAUGAAGAAGCUGUGGCUGAUGAUGCACUCCAUACUCCACUAGACCAUGAUUCCGAUGGUGAAAAGCACUUUGAAGGCGAGCAUCACAACAAACAGUAUGAUCAUGAAGCUUUUUUGGGCGAAGAUGAAGCAAAGACAUUUGAUCAAUUGCCACCAGAAGAGAGCAAACGUCGUUUGGGUCUUAUAGUCGAUCGAAUCGAUGAAGACAAAGAUGGGUUUGUGACACUUUCAGAGCUAAAACGUUGGAUUGAAUAUACACAACGUCGCUACAUUGACGAAGAUGUUGGUCGCAUGUGGAAAAUACAUAAUCCAUAUAACAACGAUACCAUUAGUUGGGAAGCCUAUCGUGACAAUGUUUAUGGAUUCUUAGACACAAUGUCUCAAGAGGAAAUAGAAAACGAUGAGCAUAAUUUAUCUUUCAAACGUUUAGUGAAGCGUGAUCGUCGUCGAUGGGGUGUCGCAGAUAAGGAUUUAGAUGAUAAAUUAACUCGUGAAGAAUUUACAGCAUUUUUGCAUCCCGAAGAUCAUCCCACUAUGAAAGAUAUUGUGCUAACCGAGACUAUUGAGGACAUCGAUAGUGAUGGAGAUGGUAAAAUUAAUGUGGACGAAUAUAUCGCUGACAUGUACCGAAACUCAGAACCCAAUGACGAAGAGCCGGAAUGGGUAAAAAGUGAACGUGAAGGGUUCGCAAAAUUUCGUGAUACAAAUGGUGAUGGUUAUAUGGAUCGCGAAGAAGUACGUACUUGGAUAGUACCGAAAGAUUUUGAUCAUGCUGAAAGCGAAGCAAAACAUUUGGUAUUUGAAGCAGAUACAGAUGAAGAUGAGAAACUCACAAAAGAGGAAAUAUUGGAAAAGUACGAUGUUUUCGUUGGUUCCCAGGCGACUGAUUUCGGAGAGGCCCUAGCGCGUCACGAUGAAUUUUAAAUUAUUAAAUAAUUGCAUAGAUAUGUGUAAAUGCCACAAAGAACAAAAACUACUUUUCAUUCAUAAAUGGAAAAACUUUGUCUCGAUUGAAAGAAUCAAUAUUUUUAAAGCAAAGAGAUUUUUUAUAUAGUACUAGAAUAAGUUAUUACCUUUUAUGUGUUAACACCUUUUUGUAAAACUUAUUAAUUUUUACAUGUACAUAUGUAUUUAUACCUAUGUAAAAUAUAAGAAUUUCCGGCGUCAUGGCGGCUUAUCAAAAACAUGGUUUAAAGCCAGCCCAGCGACUAUUAUGUUACUUAUCUGUGCCAAAUAUUGUUCAUUAGACGUACUUUAACUUCUUCAAAUUCUUUAAGCCUUUACUUUAACUUGUACUAAUCCUUUAAUAUAAAUAUUCCCAAGCCUUAGGUGUUAUGAAUUUUUCAUAUGAUAAAAAAAAUUAAAUCAUUGUAUAAAAUGUACUAAUAAUAAAUGCCAAGUAUAUUCUACGAAAA